AACCUCAUCCAAGUACAAUCUCAAUACACCCUCGCAUCUGAAUCGAUACAAUGUUCGCUCUCUCUGUUGCUGCAGUCGUCGCUGCCGUUGCCGGCUAUGCCGCCGCCCAGGAGUCUCAUCAGAUCUCCAUGACCAACAACUGCGGCUCCGGCAACCCUGUUUUUAUUGACGAGGCGAAUGCCACCCCUCAAGGCCCGACCACCAUCCAAGGGCAAGUACUCGGCGGGAUCGCCUGGAUUGACGGCUUUGCCGGUGCCGACUGCCAGAACUCGGGCGUGAACUGCGGCGCCGUCGAGUUCACGCUCCGUAAUGACGCUCCCAACCAGAACGCGGCCGACUUCACGCUCGAGCCCCAGCCCGAGAACGGCAACCACCAGUUCACGUACCCGAUGUCGUUCAGCUACAUUGGCGGCGGUGCGUGCGCCGGCAUCAGCGACAACUGCCCGUCUGCGAGCGCUUGUCCCGAUGCUUUCACGGACCCCACCAACGGCACUCCUCUGCAAUGCGUGGGCACCAAUGCUGGGAUUCAAAUCACCUUCUGCUAAAUGCGCGUAGCUGUGCACAGCUGAUGUCCAAC